CUCUCUCUUCCAAAAUCAAAUCAAUUAAAAAGAAAACAAAAACAAAAAGAGAGGGGGAGAGAAGGAAGGGUGGGGGAAAAAAAUGGCGGAUUGGGGCCCGGUGGUGAUAGCGGUGGUGCUGUUCGUGCUCCUGACGCCUGGACUUAUUUUCCAGUUGCCUGGAAACAGCCGAUUCGUUGAGUUUGGCAACAUGGGGACGAGUGGGCUCUCCAUAUUAGUCCAUGCCAUCAUAUAUUUUGGGCUUAUUACUAUUUUCCUUAUUGCUAUUGGAGUCCACAUCUACACUGGCUAAAUUUCCUCUUUACCUGUUGAUUUUGAUCUUUGUGUGGUUGGUUGUGUAAUGGCUUUAAUGAAGAUGAUAUGAAAUGGGUUUAGGUUA